AUUUAUUCUAGUGAGCCUUGACUGCUGCUGAUGACACACUGAAUGUCGAAACCGGUCCUCGCCUAUAACAUCUGGAAGUUGACCAGCAAAUGGCUCAAGCAGAGCUUGACUGCUGCUGAUGAGACACUGCAUAUCGAAACUUGUCCAGAGUUUAGCUUGCUAAAAAAAAAAUUCGGUCCCAGAAGGCCGUGUUGCUGAUGGGUUGUGUGUAAAGAAAAAAGUUAACAUUUUUUAACGUGGCGAGACGGAUGUGGGAAGGAGGUGUUUAUCAUCUGACGAUUAAUUUUGAUACUCGGCACUCGGCAUUUAUCUACACGCGAAUGAAUGAAUUAUAAUCUAGAAUUCGAGCAAUGUGUGCGUGGGUGGAACGGCGGCAAAAUGUUCAUAGCGCGCCGCGCUACGAACUCGGCGAGCCGAAUUUAAUUCGCUGCCACGGCCAACAUCAUCAUCAUCAUCUGUGAAGUAUUGGACGUCUGUGGAAAAGAGCUUCAUAGCCCAUCGUAUUUCUCCAGGGAUAAAUAAAGAUUCUGAUUCCGAUGGGUGGCUAAUUAUAUCUGAACUGAACUCCCCUAACUGGUCUGGCUCGAUCCCGUCAUAGAAAUGCGGAAUUUACACUACUGGCUGAGGCCUGCGCAGAACACCUAUGUCUCAACAGCUCACGUUUAAGCAGGAACUCGCUUUGACCUUGACUUCACCUGCUACUUAGUUUAGUUAAAAACAAGUAAAAUUCCAAAUAAAUAUAUAAGCCACGAACAUUUAUUCUUUAGAGAAGAUGCAACAUAGCCUUGUAAAUCACACGCAUCACCACAUUCAUCCGGAAUGUCAAUCCCAACACCCCUACGUAAUUUUGGAAAGUGGCACAAACCACUUUUCCAUCCCCCCCCUGCCCCGCACAGUGUUGGGGAAAGAAAAAAAAACCCUUCUUAAAACGCUCGUAGUGGUAGCACCCGGCGGGUGGCACAUGCUUGGAUGAAAAAAGCCUCCCUUUGGCAAAGGGAGAAAGUUUGCUGGGCGGUUAGUCGCGUGGCCGUAGGGCUUCCUGUCAGCCCAACAAAACUUUCACCACCACCACCAACAACAACAAUAAUCAAGAAGGAUAUUAAUCGUCGCCAACUGGCUUUGCAGUCUUCGCCGUGGCGCCGUGGCAGCGUGGCUGGGUACGGGCCGAAAAAUUUGGCAGCGCCUCCUUCAUAGAGGUGGCUUAGCCGGACGCGUCCUCGCUUUGGGGCGAAAGCGUCGCCCGAAUCGUUUGCCAGAUCUUGGCCCACUGGAAUUUUUACCAUCGUCGUCAGGGUGGGGGGGGGGUGGGGGGGGAGUGAGCGAGCGAGGGAGCGGAGCGGAGAGCUGGAAAGGAAUGCCGAGCAACGGCAAACCCGGCGAAACCCAAGAGGCGAUGGCGAGACUGUGAAUCCGAAGACGAUCCGGUGGUUAAAAGAAAAGUAAAAACCCGGGAGAGACGAUCCGGCGACGGCAUGGCCGCGGUCAAGCGGGUGUUUUUCUCCAAGGGGUUAGGCGGGUCGCUGGACGGCCCGGGGCAGCCGGCUCCCGUGCCCAGCGUGGAGCUCAAGGGAGUCGUGCGCCGGAGAGAGAGCUGCCCGUCGAACCUGAACACGGCGGCGGCGGCGGAUGAGGGCACCGGCGCCGGCAGGGAUGAUGUCCGUAUCGCCGGCGUUGCCGCGAAAAGCAGAAGGGCGCGAUCGUUCUUGUUUGCCUCCGGCACUUCCUCGAGCCCGGCUUCCACCGGAACGGCGACUCCCAGACGGAGCCUCCGGCGCCCCCCGCGUAACCCCGGACGUGACGACGGCGCAGCGGCAGCGGCGGGCGCAGCAGCCGCUGCCGCGGGGGCUACAGAAGCAGCGGCGCCGGCGACGAGGAGGACGACGAGGUGGUGGAUGAUGAACGCGAUGAUGGCGACGCCGGUGCCCGUGGGGGUGGACCCCAGCGUCAAACCCGGGGAGUUUGUCCUCAAGAGCCUCUUUGCCGAGUUCACCCAGCAUGCCGAGCGGAAGAUCAGCAUCAUCAUGGCCGAGCCCAUGGAGAGGCUGCUGUCCAAGUCGCUGCAGAGAGGAGAAGACCUCCAGUUCGAUCAGCUGCUGAGCGCCAUGAGCGCCGUCGCCGAGUACUGCCUGCCCUCCCUGCUGCGCACGCUCAUCGACUGGUUCAAGCGCCAGAACGGCGUGGACGACGAGUCUCACGAGUACCGCCCACGCUCCAGCACCAAGUCCAAAGGGGAUGAGCAGCAUCGUGACAGGGACUUCCUCUUCGAGCGGAGGGACCUGGCCAUCGACUUCAUCUUCUGCCUCGCCCUCAUCGAGGUCCUCAAGCAGAUUCCAGUGCAUCCUGUGCCGGACUCAAUGGUGCAUGAAGUUGUCAACUUGGCUUUCAAGCACUUCAAGUACCGGGAAGGGUAUUCGGGUCCCAACAUCGGCAACAUGCACAUCAUUGCUGACCUAUAUGCAGAGGUCAUCGGAGUGCUGGCCCAGUCCAAGUUCCACACGGUGCGCAAAAAGUUCGUGACGGAGCUGAAAGAGCUGCGCCAGAAAGAGCCAACCCCGCAGGUGUCUCAGUGCAUCAUCAGCCUCAUCAUGGGCAUCAAGUUCUUCCGCGUCAAGAUGUACCCCGUGGAGGAGUUCGAGGCCUCCUUCCAGUUUUUGCAGGAGUGCGCUCAGUAUUUCCUGGAGGUCAAAGACAAGGACAUCAAGCACGCGCUGGCUGGCAUCUUCGUCGAGAUCCUGGUGCCGGUGGCCGCUGCCGUGAAGAACGAGGUGAACGUGCCGUGCCUGAAGAACUUUGUCGACGUGCUGUACCAGACGACGUUCGACAUGUCCUCGCGCAAGAAGCACUCGCUGGCUCUCUUUCCGCUGGUCACGUGCCUGCUGUGCGUCAGUCAGAAGGCCUUCUUCCUCAACAACUGGCACAUAUUCCUGGCGAGCUGUCUGUCGCACCUCAAGGUAAAGCCUCAUCGCCGCCGGCGCCGUCCACGCCGGGAGGCAGCCAAGCAGGCCAUGAACCGCCCGCGACGCGGCCCGCUCGCUCGGCUUGUUUUUACUUCCUAAUCCGUUCCGACGACGUGCGUAAGCGGCGCGUCACCGGAACGGACUCGGGAAGUUGUGAGGCCGAGCGGGAGAGGGGGGGGGGGGUGUGUGUGGCACAGUU